AAGUUGGUUCAGGUCUUCAAGACUUUUAAACUUGCGGAGAAAUUUACGAGAAAAUUGACCUUUUCUCAUGGUGACCGUCAUGUCACCCUCUCUUAUCCCUUUAGAUACGUACUCUCCAACAAGUUUAAACAUUUCACAUAUCAAAGAGAAGCGUCUUGAGUGAGAAUUGAGAAAGCCACUCAAAAAUAGCUUUUUAUAGCGUCAGACAAAAGCUAAGGAUUCACCUUCAUUACUUUUGUCGGCUACAUGUAUAUAUAUAUAUUUGUCUCGUCAAGAAUCAAUCUUGAUUUAUCCCCAUUUUUUUCACAGUGGAAUUACAUGAAACAUUCUUGAAGGAAGGGAAGGAGAUUUAUUUUUAUAAGUGAAAGAUGAAGUUUUGUAAGCAAUACCAGGAAUACAUGCAAGGCCAAAAGAAAAAGCUACCUGGGCUUGGCAUCAAGAACCUCAAGAAGAUCUUAAAGAAGUGCCGGAGUGAUUUACAGUGUCACAAUGGCAUUGAUGGGGUCCUUGGCAACCAAACAUGUCCUGACCAUUGCACAGUAUGCGAUGGAACCUUCUUUCCUUCUCUUGUCAAGGAAAUGUCUGAAGUAGUAGGUUCCUUUAACAAGCAUGCACAGAAAUUGCUUGAGCAACAUCUUGCUUCUGGCUUUAAUAAGUGCUUUAUGUGGUUCAGAGGCAAGCGACGAAAGAACCAACAUGUUACCUUAAUCCAAGAAGGAAAGGAACUGGUUACUUAUGCACUGAUAAAUGCCAUUGCAAUUCGGAAAAUACUAAAGAAAUAUGAUAAGGUUCAUUACUCUAAGCAAGGUCAGGCCUUCAAGACACAAGCCCAAAGCAUGCACAUUGAAAUCCUUCAGAGUCCCUGGCUCUCUGAGCUCAUGGCUUUCCACAUCAACUUAAGAGAAAGCAAGAUCAAAUCUAGAAACGCACCUGGAUUUUUUGAGGCAUGCAACCUCACAUUUAAUGAUGAUGGCAAACCAUCACUUACUUGUGAGCUAUUUGAUUCAGUCAAAGUUGACAUCGAUUUGACUUGUUCUAUAUGCCUGGACACAGUCUUUGAUCCAUAUUCCCUCACUUGUGGCCAUAUAUUCUGCUACAUGUGUGCUUGCUCAUCUGCAUCAGUGUCAAUUGUUGAUAAGCUAAAGUCAGCAGAGCCUAAAGGAAAAUGCCCUCUGUGCCGAGAGGCUGGAGUUUAUGAAGGUGCUGUACCCUUGGAGGAGCUUAGAAUUCUAUUAAGGCGGAGGAUUCCAUACCAAGAGCCUUGUAGCUCAAUGGUAUUGCCUAGUUCUCUCAUGGGGAGAACCUGCGUUCAAAUACCCCCAACAUCACUUGUUGCAACUUGUGCAGUGAGUACUGGGAGGAGCGGCGUCAGGCAGAAAGAUUAGAGAGGAUGCGGCUGAUAAAACAGUACUGGGAUAACCAAACAAAGGCAAUGAUGGGUAUCUAAUUGGGCAAUCCUGUUACUUGGCAGUGUUUUCUAUGGGAAAAUUUGGCAUUUUUAUAGGUAUCUAAUUGGGCAAUCCUGUUACUUGGCAGUGUUUUCUAUGUAAAAAAGGGAAAAUUUGGCAUUUUUAUGGGUAUCUAAUUGGGCAAUCCUGUUCAUUGGCAGUGUUUGCUAUGUAAAAAUUCAGAUGUCAUAGACAUAUCCGUAAAUAAAGAAAAUUGUAGCCAGACUUGUAGCUGGGUAUGAUACUUGUAUAUUGCUUGCUUUGGAAUAAAUCAGAUGUACAGCUUUCAUGUUUA